AUGCGCCGCCCCGCCCCGCCUCAUUCAGGCCGGAGAGGCCGGGUUGAGCGCAGAAGUCUGAGGGCCCUGAGAGGUUGCUGCCGAAAUGGGCAAGUUCAUGAUACCCCGAAUGUGAUGCUGGUCCUGGCUGGUCACUACUCCGAACGCAAAGCAGUCAUCAUGAAGAACAUUGAUGAUGGCACCUCAGACCGCAUCUACAACCAUGUUCUGGUGGCUGGAAUUGAUUGCUCUCCCUGCAAAGUGACAAGUGCCAUAGGCAAGAAGAAAACUGCCAAGAAGUCAAAGAUCAAGUCUUUUGUGAAAGUUUAUCAUUCCAAUCAGCUCAGGCCCACAAAGUACUCUGUGGAUAACCCCUUGGACAAAGCUGUAGUCAACGAGGACGUCUUCAGAGAACCUGUUCUCAAACGCAAGGCCCAACGAGAGGCCAAGUUCGUCUGA